UCUCUGCUUGUUAAUAGUGUAAGAUGGAUCCUCAACAUGGCAGACAAAAAAAUGUGAAUUGUGAUUUGUGUGAAAAUCCUGAUCAUCCAUUAUACUGCGAGACUUGUCAAAUCAAUCUCUGUAGAGCGUGUGUAGGUAAUCAUCUAUUAGAUUCAUCCGUAAGACAUCAAAUCAUACCGUUAGAAAAUAGAGAUUCUGAUCUUAUAUUUUCCAUAUGUAAGGAACAUUCACCAAAGCCAUGCGAACUCCACUGCGAGGAAUGUGACGUGUUUAUUUGUAUACACUGCGUUACCUCAAGUAACCACGAGGACCACAAAAUAGAAGAUGCAAAGAGAAAGUUUGAAAUCAAUAAGGAUCACUUACAAAACGAUUUACAGGAAUUCAAUAACCUCAUUUAUACCAAAUAUCUAGAAAUUGCAAAAGAUAUCAGAGUUCGAACGUCUAAACUUCAUACAUAUUUCAACGAAUUAGAAAGCACUCUUAGCCAACAAAGGGAGAAAUGGUACGGUGAAAUAGACAAUGCUAUCUCAGAAAUGCAAAUUGACCUUUUAAGAAUUAAAAACAACCUCAGCCUUCCCUUGUCUAAACAAGAACUUGAUAUCAAUAUCAAUAUUUCCGAAAUCAAUCAAAGCAUCUUAGAUAUUAAACAUCUUCUGCAAUCAAAUGAAGUGUAUAAGGUAUCUGCCUACAAGUCCAACAUUGCUAAAUUCAGAAAAAUGCCUCCUAAAAUCGAAAUAGGUCUGCCAAAAUUUUCACCCCCAAUACUUAACUUCAGAACUUCUUGCAAACAGUUUGAAACAUUUUCAGAUUCGUAUAUUACAACAGAUGUACGCGGCUAUAUCACGGAAACCACAGAAGUCGAAGCGUUCCCUUUUAAACAAUUUCUUGAAAAACCAUUUAUCAUAAAAAACAUUAAAACACAAUACACGGGUUUCUUAAAAGAAUUACACAGCGUUAGCUGCAAUGAUAAAAGUGAAUUUUGGACAUGUGGAAAAGACAGCAUAAUUAAACUUUACAACUUCCAAGCAGAACUUUUGGAUUCCGUUAAGACAAAGUCGGCCAAAGAACCAUGGGAUGUAGCUACCACAACGGAUGGAAAGCUAGUGUAUACCGAUCCCAAUGAUAACAGUGUGUACAUUGUGGAACGUAAAAAUGUAAAGAAAGUAUUAAGGUAUUAUGACUGCCGACCCCGCAAUGUCUGUUGCACAUCUGAUGGUGAUCUUUUGUUUAUUAUAGACGACAUUAUUUCCGAAGUAACAAAAGUCGUGCGUUACUCUGGUUCUAAAGAGAAGCAAUGCAUUCAGUCUGGUGACAAACGCCAACCCCUCUUUUCAUACGGUGACAUUAAAUACCUUAGCGAAAACAGAAACCUGGAUAUAUGUGUAGCUGAUCAUGGGGCCCAUGCAUUAGUAGUGGUCAAUCGAGCUGGAAAACUCCGGUUUACAUACUCUGGCCCCAGUCCUAUCGGUAAGGGGUCAUUUGAUCCGCAUGGCAUUGCUACAGACAGCCAGGGUAUGAUUCUUACAGCAGACACUAAUAAACACCGUAUCCACAUUCUAGAUCAGGACGGACAGUUCCUCCGCUACAUUGAUAACUGUGAUAUACACCAUCCAUGGGGAAUAUGUAUUGAUAAAGGGGACAACCUUUUUGUGGCCGAAAACCUCACGGGAAAAGUAAAGAUUAUCAAAUACUACUAAAAACUUAAAGUUAAUAAUUUAAAAGAAGAGAGAGAGAGAGUCACGUGACCGGGCGAACAAAACGUCGUCGGGGAAUACUUAUCGUGUACAUGUAUAACCUUUUCAGAUGUCUCGGGAUUUUUCUUUCCAAAUGUAUGAAAAAGCCAACAUGUUUCAUAAUAUAAAGUUUCUUUAUAUCGCAAAAUAUAAUAUUAGUAUAUCAGAUUCGAAUCUAUUGAAGAGCAGAGAGACAAUGGAACAUGGCAUUCUAUUCAUAUGCCUAUGCGAUUGAAAUAUUGUUUUUAAAGAAAGUUAAGAAUGUAUGUAUUAUGAGUUACUGCUACGCUGUUUCUGGAUUGAUAAUAAGAUAAUGAACGCUUGAUUACCCUCAUAGUCAAAGUUAACAAUUUCUCCUUUACAACAAUCAUUUCAUUUUUACUGCUUAUGUGUAUUUUAUCGGUAAUUAGGAAACUUCAUUUCCGACUCCAAAUUAAAAAACAAUUGCAAAAGAAUUAUGUCACUUGUUAAAUAUCAUGUAAGCAUUUAACAAUAAAAUAUCAAAACAUAUUUAAAUCUUAUUAUUCACUAAAAAUGAGUACAACAUUUAAAUCUGAUGCAUUAUAUAGCUAUAUUAUAUUUAU